GUGAGAGUUUGUCUUUAGGUAGCGCACAUACACAUACACACACACAUACACACAUGCACGCGUACACACAAUCCGUUCCACAGAUAUGACCAAGACAGCAGCAAUAGCAGCGAAGGACUUCUCCAGUAUGUGGUUGCCAGAUAUCAGGAUGUCAAAGCCAGUAGAGGUCGAGAAAGUCGGGGCCGACUCGCCGUUGGAGGGCACAGAUUCAGAGCGGAAUGGAUCUGAAUCAAAUCACCAGGCUCAGUCCAUGAAAGUCAGUCCUUUUCCCCUGUCGCCAAACCUGAGCAGCAGCAAGAAUAAGAUGGAGGAGUGUGCGGACAUGUCCCCGGCCCUGCCCCCCUCUCACGGCCCGACCCCUUCCCAGACUGCUCUGCAGCACACGCAGCUCAUGCUGACCGGCUCCCAGCUGGCGGGGGACAUUCAGCAGCUACUGCAGCUGCAGCAGGUGUUGUUGGUGCCUGGACACCCGCUCCAGUCUCCUGCCCAGUUUCUCCUGCCACAGGCACAGCAGGGCCAGCAAGGACUCCUAUCGACACCAAAUCUUUUACCGCUACCUCAGCAAAACCAGGGGAGCCUGCUCUCUGCCCCGACUCGAAUGGGACUCCAGACUCAGCGAGAUAAGUGUGCGGAGGUGAGCGGCGGUGGAGGGGUGACCACGGUCCCCUCCGGGGCCCCGCAUCCCGAGGAGCCCAGCGACCUGGAGGAGCUGGAGCAGUUCGCCCGCACUUUCAAACAAAGACGCAUCAAAUUGGGCUUCACACAGGGCGAUGUGGGUCUGGCCAUGGGGAAACUGUACGGCAACGACUUCAGCCAGACCACCAUCUCCCGCUUCGAAGCGCUCAACCUCAGCUUUAAGAACAUGUGCAAGCUGAAGCCGCUGCUGGAGAAGUGGCUCAACGAUGCAGAGACCAUGUCCAUCGACAGCACCCUGCCCAGCCCCAGCUCCCUGUCCUCCCCCUCCAUGGGCUUCGACGGGGUUCCUGGCCGCCGCAGGAAGAAGAGAACCAGCAUUGAAACGAAUGUACGCGUGGCCCUGGAGCGCUCAUUUUUGACGAACCAGAAGCCUACCUCAGAGGAGAUCCUGUUGAUCGCAGAGCAGCUCAACAUGGAGAAGGAGGUGAUCCGGGUCUGGUUCUGCAACCGCCGGCAGAAAGAGAAGCGCAUCAAUCCCAGCAGUGCCACCCCUCCGCUGCCCAGCCAGCCCCCCACUGCCCCGCCGACGCACAAACCUCCCUGCUACAGCCCCCACAUGAUGUCCAGCCAGCUGUCACAGGCCGUGACCAGUCUCAGCAGCACAACGGUGACCACCAUGUCCCCCGUCUGCCCCCUGACCUCCACCCUCACCUCCACCCACCCUUCUCUCAGCUCCGCCCACCCCUCCCUCAGCUCCGCGCCCUCCCCGGCGACUCCUCCACCUCCUCCCCGUAGCACAGCCAGCCCAGCCACUCCCAGCCACAGCACACUCAACCUCACCGCAGGCUUAUGGCGUAUGGGUAAAAAGAACGGUGACGUGUCUAACUACAUCACCGAUUUUGCUGCAAACUUGAGGAACACUGUGAUGGGAGUUAACACAGGGAUGAACCAAGCCCUCCUCGGUAACAAUCCCCUGGCCACAAUCCAAGCCCUAGCAGCCAGUGGUGGCCAGCUUCCUCUUUCAACUCUUGAGGGGGGCAGCAAGGUGAUGCUGGGGGCCUCCGGGGGCCAGGGAGCGGGCCUCCACUCCUCCCUCUUCCUCAACCACCCCGCCCUCCUCCACAUGGGGCAGAACCCCGGCGCCGGACUGGUCAGCGCCGCCGUAGCCAAAGUCUCCCAGGCCUCGCCCUUCCCCAUGGCCAGCAGCCCCUGCUCCCCGUCCCCCUGCUCCAGCCCCGCCUCUUCCUGCUCCUCCAGCGAAAUGGCACACAGCCCGCCGUCCCUGAGCGGCGCCAAGAUCGAGUGACCACGCCACGGGGCCAAUCACGAGAGGAGGAAGAAGGAAGAAACGAAAACCUCGCCUUUCACACCAAAGCUAUCUCUUUCUCUCUCUUGUGCUCUUCUUCCGUUAUUUUUCUCGCAGUGGCUCUCUCUCUCGCUCUCUCUCUCUCUCUCUCUCUCUCCGUCUCUCCCAGCCUUUCGAUGCCAAAAAUACACAGAAUGAAAGAGGAGAGAGGGAGGGAGAGAAGUGAAAGGGGGGCGAAGGGAGGAAAGGGGGAAGAUUGAAACCAAAAAUCUUUAUCUAUCCAAACCGAUGGAGAAGAGGCAGCGCGGGACCUUUUUGUCAAUAACGUGAUAUCGACGCGGCGCCUCUGCACUCUUUCUCUCUGAAGGAAAACAAACCAAUGACUCUUUAACGCAGGAGGAGAUGGGAGAGGUGCAAGUCGAAGUGCAUAAACCAAAAAUUACAAAAGAUAACUCUACUAUAUGACAAAGGAAUGGCGGCAAGGACAAAGUGAAGAGGAGGACUGUGCUUAAAAGCUUUCUUUUUUUAUCAUUGCUUCGAAAAAGCUGCGGGUCUGAAGGAAGAAGGAGCGGGGAGGAUACGUUUAAACCAAAAAUUUUACCUGAGGAGGAGGCGGAAGAGGAAUACACAAAGACAAAAAAAGACAAAAAAGAAAAAAAAUGACAACCAUACCAAAAUCCCAAAUACCAAAAACCAAAAAUACGGAGAGAAAAGCUUUAUUCAAAGGACGUGUAAAUACUGAAGCUAUCCAGGACCAGGACUCUACUGCUACUGACAUACACACACACACACACACACACACACUCACACACACACACACCAUACCCAUCAAUUCAUCCCGUCCAUGUCUCUUCAUGUGUCUGCUGUAGGAUUUCAUACCACAUAUUUUAAAUAGUUUUCAUCGAGUAUUUCUUGUUAAAUGAUCAUGUUUGAAUGAUUGGCCAAACUGCUGUACCUUCCUGUUUAGUCUCUUUACCUACCUCUGGUUUUAAGAGCAUAUAAUAGCUUUUUUUUCCCCGUCCUUUGGCUUUGUUUUUUUAAACUCUGAAUAUAGUUGUUUUUUUGGUAUUAUUUAUUAGAGUUAAUACAGCUUCAGCUUCUUAUUUAUUGUCUCUCUCUCUCUCUCUCUCUCUCUCUCUCUCUGUGGUAGCGUUAGCUCCUGGGUUUGAAUCAUUCUCAUUGUCGUCAUCUUUGUCCUCAUCAUACAUUUGUGCCAUCGACAUGCUUUGUGUUUUGUUUUUGUUUUUUAAUGUGACUUUUCUGCAGAAACGCCGAUGACGAAGGUGGAGAAAAAAAAAAGAAAAAGAAAAAUAGCGUGUCAGUCCUCACUAAGUGCCAGUACAUCUGAGACAGCUGGCAACACGGCGAGAUGAUUUCAAGGUGCGAAUGAGUUUAUUAAGACAGGCAUUCGACAUUUUCUACUCUUAAUCGGACCGCUGUUCCUUCUCAAAGAUAACACUUAUUGACUCGGUGGCUAAAUGAACACGCCCUGGAAACUUGUCAAGAAGUGUCUCCCACUUUCCAAACUAUGAAAUUUGGUUCUGAUUGGAGAUUUUAAGUAAUCGUCGUUGGAACUGGAGGCUCAGUAAGUCAAUAAAAGCCAAGUUUAGUCACAGCUCGCUCUCAUUACUGUCUGCUGGAUGAGCGCCGCCGUCUUGUGCGUCUAGACAUGUUUACCAGUGUUUGUUUCCAUCGUCCCUCCAUUUCACCCGCCAUUUUCCACCUCGCACUGCCAUUAACUCACAAAUGGAAAACCAAAGCAUUCUCAAGGCCGGGGCUCUCCUUCCAGACCCCCUUCGCCGCGACACGAACACAAUAAAGAGGUGGUGAAGGCGGCAAGAGGGGUAAAGACGAGGGAAAUCCCCCUCUCUGCUGUAGCCACCUCCGCCCUGGCCAGCCCAAAAACACAAAAAAAAAACCAAACAAAAAAGCCAAUGGGGGGAGCUUUAUUUAGGGAACUGAUCCUUUUUCCUCCGAACCCCCAGAGCGAAGGCUACACUGGGACACACUGUCGCGAAGGGAGCAGGCGUCACACUUUUUGUAAGAGGAUACCAAAAAUAAACCCAAACCAAAAAGACUAAACAACAAAAACACAACCCAAGGAACGACAGAAGCAAAACCAAAAAGAACCCAAACCAAAUGAGGCUGGAGGGAGGAGGGGAGGAGGCCGGAGCGCAGGUGCUGACGGAGGCGGCGAACCUCUGUGUGUGUUAGCUUUAGGGCUGCAGCAAACGGCCCCACUCUGAAACUUGUAGCAUGGAUGAAUAGACGACGGGACAGAUGGCGCGUCCCCUCCUCUGCCUCUCUCUCCGGCGCAGCACGCUGGUCCUGGAUGGAGCUUAACGCAAAUGACCUCACUGAACUGAAAUCUUAUUAAGAAAAGAAAAAAAAUCUGUUUUUAUUUUUCUGUUGGUUGGUUCUGAUUGUUUUAUCUCUGCUGUGUCUCUUGAUGCCGUUUUCUGUACUGUACUUUAGUGCUUACUACUUAUUUGGAAUAACGUACUCGCUUACUUACUACAAGAGCUCCUUAUUUUUUUCGUAGUCGUGCUAGAGAUUUUUAUCAGGUGGUUGGAAAAAAUACUGUGAAAAUUUAGCUUCCAGAUUUUUAUUAGAUAAAGAAACAGACUGUCUUGGCAGAGGAACAAAACAAAACAAAACCAAAAAAAAAAAAAAAAAAAAAAGGACACUCACAAAAAGCCAAAAGCAAAACCUUGAAAAUGCCAAACCAAAUAUUGAACCAAACCAAACACGGGAGAGACAGGAACGGGCACGGCCUUCGCCGCGGGAGGGCAGAGAGAUCAGCCGGUGUCAGUUUGUCGGAGGUGUAACUCUGCGUUUUUUUUUUUUCUGUCUGUGAGUGUCAACAAGAGGCCAGAUGUUUGAAAGAAAAAGAAAGCCUCUUUUGGUAAGUCUCACCCUCAAAGACACACUCUGAGCUUUACAGAAUAACACGCACCGCGAAGGCCUCGGCCGGUCUGACGGGUUGAUAGCUGGACGCAUCCAAAGAAUAUUUGGUUUGAUCCACACCAGACUUAAAAAAUAAAAAACAGCAACAACAAAACAGUCGACACGCGAGAAUCGUCUCACGAAACAAACUUGAGAUGUGGAGGGCUCUCGCGCCUCAAAGGCGGGGCCCUUCCUCCACAUCCACCCUUAGACGGAAUGUAUCUGUUAGUGCUUCUAUAGAUUUUGUAGAAAAAAAAAGAUCUAUGUUCUACUGCUUACUUAUCGCUAAUGUAUGAAAAAGAAAAAAACUUACAAAAAGACUUUGAGAAAAAAAAAAAGAUCCUUAAAAAACAUUGAUGAUAAUAACUUGAUUUUAGACCAAAAAUUUUAACUAUCUCUCUUUGGGCUCUUUUUAUUUCUCCUUGUUAAUCAUGAUUUAGACUUUUGAUUGUACUAUUUAUUCAGGGUAGAGUUGAUUUAUUUGCUUGUUACCUUUUUUUUUGUUGUUGUCUUGCUAUUUAUUUGUUAAUUUAUUUCUAGAGGUGCUUUCUUUUUUUCAUAUUCAAGGAUGUAUUUGUGAUGUUUUUGCCCCCUGCUGAAGUUCUUUCCUACUUCUUUAAACCAAAUAUGUCCAGAAAUGGAACCGCAGGUUCUGCUGGGGACUUAAUAGGAGAAUAUGUCUGACUGAUGGUCGGUCGUGAAGAUAUUCUCAUCCUCAACUGAGGCGACUUUUCCCCUUUCAAGGGAAAGGAAGGCUCCACAGUACGUAGAGGCAGCACUGUGCGGACAAACACCUCGUGAUUUACGGGAGGGGGGGGGGAAACUCAGCUUUAUUUCCCCUUUGUGUCUCUUUGCAAUUAGACCGGAGAAAGGCGGGCUAAAAACUCCGUUCCUCUGCAGAUCGCAUAAACAUUAUUUGUGCCUGAGCGUCAGCGUGAGGUGUGCUGUGAGGCACAGUGCUGCCUCUGUUCUCCGGGUCGUCUCCGCGGGGAGAAACACACCGAAAGCUUUACAGCUACACAACCAAAAAAAAAA